AUGGCUUCUGUGCAGGUUGUCAACGUUUCUCUCCCAUCCUUGCCUUCGGGCUGGACCGCCGACAAGGACUUCAAGCCCGUCGGCAGCUUGUCUCCUGCUACUCAGCGCACUAUCGAGCCCGUGGGCCCGCACUUCCUUGCCUACGCUCGCCGUAAGCGUCACAACCGCACUUUCUCCGAGGAUGAGCGCAUCCAGGCUGAGAAGACUGUCAAGAAGACCGAGGAGGAGGAUGAGGAUGACUUCUCCGAUAACGAGGACCCCAUGAUGCUUCAGCGUGAGGCUAAGGACUGGAAGGGUCAGGACCACUACGCCGUUCUCGGUUUGUCCAAGUAUCGCUGGCGCGCAACCCCCGACAUGAUCAAGCGUGCCCACCGCAAGAAGGUUCUCCGCCACCACCCCGACAAGAAGGCUGCCAUGGGCCAGUCCGACGAGGAUGACCGCUUCUUCAAGUGUAUCCAGAAGGCCACCGAGCUCCUUCUGGACCCCACCCGCCGCCGCCAAUUCGACUCCGUUGACGAGGCCGCUGAUGUCGACUCCCCCAGCAAGAACACCAUUGCCAAGAAGGGUCUUUACAAGGCCUGGGGCCCCGUAUUUGUUGCCGAGGGUCGCUUCUCCAACAAGCAGCCCGUUCCUGAGUUCGGUGACGAGAACAGCACCCAGCAGGAGGUUGAGAACUUCUACAACUUCUGGUACAACUUCGACUCGUGGCGCUCAUUCGAGUACCUUGAUGAGGAUAUUCCCGACGACGGCGAAGGCCGCCACCAGAAGCGUGCUACCGAAAAGAAGAAUGCCAACGCCCGCAGCAAGCGUAAGGCCGAGGACAACGCUCGUCUCCGUGAGAUGGUCGAUGAGCGUAUCAAGAAGUUCCGCCAGCAGGCCCGUGCCGGCAAGGAUGCCAAGCGCAAGGCCAAGGAGGACGAGAUUAAGCGUAUUGCCGAGGAGAAGAAGGCCGCUAAGGAGGCCGAGGAGAAGGCUGCGAAGGAGGCCGAGGAAGCCGCCAAGGCCGAGCGUGAGAAGAACAAGAAGAACAAGGAGGCCGCCAAGAACGCCGCUAAGAAGAACAAGCGUGUUCUCAAGGGCUCCGUCAAGGAAGUUAACUACUUUGCUGAGGGCGAGGCGUCUGCUGGCCAGGUUGACUCUGUGCUUGGUGAUGUUGAGCUUAUCAUGGGCAAGAUUGAUGUUGAUGAGCUUGCCGCUCUGGCUGAGAAGCUCACUCUCGCUGGCAAGGAUGGCGCUGCUGUGAAGGCUGCUUAUACUGCUGAGGCCAAGCGUCUUGUUGAGGCUGGUAAGAUCAAGGAGGGUGAUGCCAAGGUCUUCGUUUAA